CACUUCUCAGCUGCUCCAUCUUCAUCCCACACAGAAGCCACCACCUACAACUCCUUCUACACCGCCCAAAAUGACGGAGCUCAGCUAUACAAAGUCCUUCCUCUCGAUGCUGGCCCAGCGCCCUAUUCGCCUGACUCCGGACUACGUUGAAGAUCCCCGAAAGCUCCCUGCUCGCAAUCCCUACACCCUGCCGCGUACACACCCCGAGAAAGCGAAGCGCCAACGUAUUACGCACAGCACAAGCGCCAGCGUAACGCUCACGCUCAAACCGCUGCGGCCGAACCCAGCGUUGGCGCCGCUGACCCUCGCGGGCACUUCGCUCUCCACGACCGUUGCGACACUAAAGGCGAAAUACUGCGCGUCGCUUCCCGGGAGCGCCGACCCCUCCAAGCUCAAGCUGCUUCUGAAGGGAAAGCCGUUGUCCGACGUCAAGACGCUCUCCGAGCUGGGCUUUGCGGAUGGCGAGGAGGCGACGAUCACGGCGAUGUUGAUGGCUGGUGGCGGGGCGUCGGCGGCUCCUACCCCCGUUGCCUCCCCGCCGCCGGCGGAGAAGGAAUGUGUUAGGCUGCUCGAACAGGAGGCCUUCUGGAAGGAUUUGGAGAAGUGGUUGCAGGUCAGGUUGGGAAAGAAGGAGGUCGAGGAGGACCCCAAGGAGGUGCUUGCGGCGUUUAGGAAGGCGUGGAGUUCGUGAGCGAGUGGGCGUUUGUUGGCUUUGGCGCACAAUCAGUAAUGCAUGCAAUACCUCUUCUUCCCAUAGUACCUAUAUGUUAUAUCCCCUAUCAUAUGCUAUCUCAAAACCUAUUAUCUGGGUGUGUGUAAACACUGCCGUACAAGACCACUACGGUCUACGACGAGACUUCGCUAUUUGGUAUGCACCAGGGCGGGUUGUCGGGAUGGUUUCCCAUCGUCUCAUUAUCACUCAAUAUACAAC